GUAUAUUAAUGUGAAUAAAUUAGGCCCUAUAAAUUUAGAAAAUACAGUGUAUUAUGAUUAAUUAUCAAUUUAUUGAUUAAUUAUCAUAUUAUAUUAAAAUAUAUUUUCAAAUAAAGGGAUGAAAUGUUAGACUUGGAUAGACUUGUCUUUGCUUACUGAUUAUUGGCAAAUAAAUGGAAAUGUAAGCCUUUAAAAUUAUGUUUGAUAAAAUCUACUUAAGUAGAUUUCAUCGUGUGUCUGUACAGCAGGAGAGAGAAACUUACAGAGAUAAUUACAGAGAAAAUGUUUUUGAAAAGUCUGUUUCUCUUUCUAAAAAUGCUCCUGAUUGAUUGGCUCUCAUAUGUUUGGAUUAACACGUGCCACACCGAGGGGGAGGAGCAUCUGCAAAAUGCUCGACCAGGAUUGGUCAAACAGCUCAUUCAGCACCGCCCCUCUAAAGGCACUGGAGGCGCUGUUACGUACUCAUCAUGCUUCUUCUACUAAAGUUUAUGUAGUUAAUAGAAUGUCUACAGGCAGAGAUAUGAAGUCUCAGGUCCGUGAACUGCUGAGAGAGCUGAUGUUGGGUCGUGAGGAUCCGGAUGGGUUUUUCUGUCUGUGUUUGUCUCUGCUGGGGGACACCGACACCCGAACACACUUUCUGGACCUAAUCAAACCCCUUUUAUCCGGACAUGAACAUCUGCACAGUCAGCUGACUGCAAUCUUCCUGGAGUACUUCUCUAAGGAUGAAGCAGAUGAAUUAGAGUUGGCCUUAACACUCUCUGUUUAUGAAACCAAACAAACCAAACCAGAUCAUCAGCCUCAUGUGCCUCCCUGUUACAAAAGCUAUGCUGACAUGACUACAGUAUCUUCAGGUGUUGAUCAGCCAAACAUCAAUGAUGAAGCUGUAGUAGCAGAGAACCAGGCUAUUGCAAAGUGGACGCUAGAUACUGAAGGACAUAAAACUACAUGUGCCAUUAAAAACAUAAAUAAAGACAAUGAUGAUCUCAAGGUCACAAAGUCAACAAGGUCACAAAGGCGUCGUCAGCGUAAGAAGCAGCAUUUGUUGAAGAACCCAUCGGGACCACAGCCGGUACUGCUCUGGUUCAGAAGGGACCUCCGUAUGUGGGACAACCCUGCUCUGAUUGGCUGCCUGGAGCUUGGUGCACCUGUCGUUCCUGUCUUCCUGUGGAAUGCGGUGGAGGAGGAGGGUCCAGGUGUUACUGUGGCAGCCGGUGGGGCGUCGAAAUACUGGCUGCAUCAGGCACUAAUGAGUCUGAGCCGUUCUCUGGAGCAGCGUGGAAGCCACUUGGUGACCCUGAAGGCAGAGGCCUCAUCUUUGACAGCUCUGCAAGGGUUGAUCGCUGAGACGGGGGCAGAGUCAGUUGUAGCAACGGCCCUUUAUGAGCCAUGGCUGAAGGAAAGAGAUGACAGCGUGUGGGAGACACUGGAGAAACAAGGCGUUAAGUGCCAUAUCUAUCACUCCUACUGCCUUAGAGACCCCUACACAGUCAGCACUCGGGGCGUUGGACUGCGAGGUAUCGGCUCUGUCUCUCACUUCAUGAGUUGUUGCCAGCAGAAUCCUAGCAGUGGACUGACCACUCCGCUGGACGCCCCCGCUGUCCUGCCUGCUCCCUCAACAUGGCCACAGGGAUGCCUGCUUGUUGAUCUGGGACUGGCACGCAUGCCACGCAGGAAAGAUGGCACAGAGAUUGACUGGGCCGUGAACAUUCGGAAAUCAUGGGACUUCAGUGAGGAGGGAGCUCAGGCCCGUCUUGAGGCCUUCCUGCGAGAUGGUGUGCACCGUUAUGAGAAGGAGUCAAGUCGUGCGGAUGAGCCCAACACAAGCUCUCUAUCUCCAUUUCUGCACUUUGGGCAGCUGAGUGCACGCAGCCUAUUAUGGGACGCCCGUGGAGCUCGCUGCAGACCUCCUAAAUUCCAGCGCAAACUGGCCUGGAGGGACCUAGCGUACUGGCAGCUGUGCCUUUUCCCAGACCUGCCCUGGGAGUCCCUCAGGCCACCGUACAAGGCUCUGCGUUGGAGUUCAGACCCUGUCCAUCUGAAGGCAUGGCAGCGUGGAAGGACAGGAUACCCUCUGGUAGAUGCGGCAAUGAGACAGCUGUGGCAAACUGGCUGGAUGAACAAUUACAUGAGACAUGUGGUGGCCUCCUUCCUCAUCGCUUAUCUGCAUUUUCCCUGGCAGGAAGGAUACUGCUGGUUUCAAGACACGCUGGUAGAUGCUGAUGUUGCCAUAGAUGCCAUGAUGUGGCAGAAUGGAGGAAUGUGUGGACUGGAUCACUGGAACUUCGUGAUGCACCCUGUUGAUGCAGCGCUGACCUGUGACCCCUCUGGCACCUUUGUGCGACAGUGGUGUCCCGAACUGAAAGCACUUCCUGAUGACCUCAUCCAUAAGCCCUGGAAGUGCCCAGCAUCAUUGCUGCGUAGAGCUGGUGUGGUUUUAGGCAGCAACUACCCAGAGCGGAUCAUUAUUGACCUUGAGGAGCGACGUGCACAGUCUCUACAGGAUGUUGCAUCAGUGAGAAGGCGUUUUAGGGAGUUUGUAGACCAGCGAUCAGGCUGUGACAUGGUACCUGUUCCUGCUAGGCUGGUGCAGGAAGCUCUGGGCAGUAUGGAGGAUGUUGUAAGUCGUGAAGGAACCGGGUUUCUCCUCCCAGUCAUCACCCGCAUGGAAUUUAAACACCACUCAGAGGAUCCAGACAGGCAAGAUAACCCAUACAGCGCUGUGCUGAAGGGCUACGUCAGCCGCAAACGGGACGAAACCAUUGCCUUCCUAAAUGAGCGAGACUUCACAGCCAGCGUUAUGUUUGAGAGCGCACAACGUAGAGAGAGGGUAGAGAAGGACUGGUGUCUUCUGGAGGGUCUGCCUCAACCCACAGUCUCGCGCGGCCGGGCCAGACGUACCCCAACCAGAGACCCUUACAGCAAAGUGCCUGGAGGUGUCGCUGUUCCCCACAGAUAACAGACUGACACGUCAAGGCUGGAAUACACUACACGACUUUGCACAGAUUUUUAACCAAUUUGCAGGAUGAGCCAACUCCAGUCAGCCACUCUGCACAUUUUCGGCUGUUGGAGUUGAUUUUGCACAUAUGGUGUAUUAUUGGCUUCAGACUUCGAUCUAGUCUGAGGAAGUAAAAAAUGUUUGAUAUUUUGAGCCAGAUUUAAAAACCCAUUAGCUGCAUCUGAAAUCGCAUACUAGUCUAUAGGUACUACAAUUGGUUUGAAAUUUACUUCACAAGCUCUAAAAAAGUAUGUUGUAUAUAGAAUAUGGGUGGUAUGAAUCCCCCAUGUUGUCAUAGUCACAUGACCUACCAGUGUCAGCUGGGUCGCUUCACUGCCAUUCACAAAUCCUCUCCUGUGGCCUCAUGGGAUAGCAAAGUGUCCAUCAGAUGUGCACUCCACAUAGCCACAUUCCACUUUGCUUUUAGACACACACUUCCCUAAGCAUGUUGUCCAAUUUUUAUGUUUAACUGAUUAAUAACUAAAUCUGCUCAGAAUUUAAGUUGUGUAGUGUAUUCCAGCCCUUAGUGCCUUUAUUAAUAUUUUACAAAUAUUUUACAGACUUUGGUAAAAAGAUGUAAUACGAAUAACUUAUAUAAGACAGUAUUUUGUAAUUAGAUGGACUUUUAUUAUUGCUUAUGUGUUUAUAUAAUGUAUCAUUACUUUUCAAAGUUAUAAGACUUCAGGUUUUUACCUGGUAGAUAUGACAGUCAAAAAUCUUAUUCUUUUAUUACUUCUAGAGGUCAGAAUAACAGGCUGUGGACAUUAUUUUUACUUUUAAGCAGCUAUGUUAGGAAGCAAGUACGGGUUUUCAUGAAAAAAAUUUUCAUGUUGUCUAUAAAUGCAGCAUGAAAAUUUUCUUCUCUUGUACAAACACAUCCAUCAUGGUGUUGGAAAUUUGACAUAUUUAUGACUUAAGCUUCGUUUUCUUUAAAGGUAUUUUAAAAUAACU